AUGUCGUGGGACGAACGGGUGCCAGAGGAAGACGGCAAGCUGUUCGCGACGUGGUUGUCGCAACUGUCGGCGAUCGGUCAGUUGCGCAUUCCCCGACAUUAUGGACCGACGAGCCACGAGCGACGCAUCGAGCUCCACGUUAUGUGCGACGCCAGCGAGCAGGCCUACGCAGCGGUGGCGUAUUGGCGGAUGGUCGGCCAAGAGAACGUUACACUCUCUUUGGUGGCCGCCAAGGCGAAGGUGGCACCGCGACGGACGCAAACGAUACCCCGCCUCGAGCUCCAAGCGGCGGUAAUAGGGGCGCGGCUCGCUGACGCAGUGAAGAAGGAGCAUCGCAUCGUGGCGGAGAGAACUAUAUAUUGGACUGACUCCACAACAGUCAUCCACUGGAUCCGGAACGACGAGCGACGGUACACACCCUUCGUCGCGCAUCGCCUGCGGGAGAUCGCCGAGCUCACCGACAAAAGUGAGUGGCGAUGGCUACCCACGACGCACAACGUCGCCGAUGAAGCCACUCGACUUCGGAGCGACGUCGUGAGUGAAGACAGCCGGUGGUUCCGGGGACCUGAUUUCCUCCUCGAGCCCGAACAAUCAUGGCCCACGAGAGACGGAAGUCAGGACGACGAAGCAGAGGUCCUGCACACCACAGAGAGCCGUGAAAAGGAACGCUGGCUGCCCGACCCGACCCGCUUCUCUAAGUAUGAAACGUUGGUGCGAGCCACGGCGAGAGUCUUGGCGUUCGCGGACAUCGCGCGGCGCAAGACACUACAUCUGGAAGUGGGACACCUGAAGCGGGCGGAGUUACUACUAAUGCAACAGGCGCAAAGGGAGAGCUUCGGGGAAGAGCUGCAACGCUUGAAGUCUUCCCAGCCGGUUCAGAGGACGAGUCGGCUAUUCAAGUUGGACCCGGUGAUAGAAGAUGGCGUGCUGCGAGUCCGGGGACGCAUCGGAGCAGCCGCAGUCCCGGAUGAUGCCAAACGACCGGUCAUCUUGGACGGCCGACACCCCGUCACGAAGCUCAUCGUGCUGCAAGAGCACUGUGCCGCAGGUCACGCAAAUAGGGAGCGCGUGACCAACGACCUGCGGCAAAAAUAG